AUGGAGAAUAAAAGAGAUAUGUGCAAUGAGAAACAUACAGCUACAACAGGACAACCAGCAGAUUCUUUGCAAUCGUUUCCUGCAACAAGAUCGCGCAGUCACCCCGUAAUAUGUGAUGUGACGCGCCUUGAAACUAUCCGUGAGCGUAAUAGCGUUUACAGCGAGGAUGGCGAGUUCAUUGACUUGCCUCUACCACCCGUUCCAAAUGUGUGCAAUAUAACAAAGGCAGAUGUUUCGGUUGUGGAUAAUAAACAUGAAAGUCACAGCAAACACUUCGAUAUCGCAUCGGAAGCAAAUGCAUACUUACAAUCAAGGCUGCGUGAUUUUGAAGAUGCAGACGAUGCGAUAAGUAGCGGCGUAGAAGGCUUUCAAAAAUCAAUACGAUCACUUGCCAUCGAUUGCGAUUCUGAUGUACCACAACGUGAUUGUGCUAGUGAUUUGAGAAAAAAUAACACUACACAUUUACUUCUAAUGGAAGAAGAUGUAAAGUCAAUCGAAAGCAGUACGGCCUCAAAUACAUUGCACAAAAGCUCAUGGAGUGUAGCUUCACUUGGUUCAACCGGUGGUGAAUAUUCAAACGGAGAUUACAGGCCGGGCUGUUGCUCCGAUAGCAAUGACAGUGACGAUCAACCCGAGGAGGAUGACUAUGGCGAACAUUCAUCUGGAUAUCGGGAUAGAUCUCCAUUCCUUCGUUCAGUUUCCUUAUCACCGGUAGAACAUCGCUUUCGUAAACUGUCGACUACUCGCGAGCGUCGACGUCGAGCUAGUCAUGCGAGUUCUGGUCAGUCAUCUCUAACCAUUGAAGACUGGAAACGCCAACAGUCACUUCCGUAUGCUGAUAAUGAAGCAGAAGAUUCAACUUGCUGUGAUGAUGACUUUACUUGGGUCCAUUCCCAUGACCGAUCGGAAGCACCAAAGGCGUCUGUUGAAUCUGAUCGACGAUCUAUUUCGCAAACAACAGCAACCCGAUCGGUUCCACGUGAUCAACGCAGCCUAGAAAUGCCACAUAAAAAAAGUCAACAGUGUCAGUCGACCGGAUCUACUACGCAAGGCAUAGGUGAAGUUGUUCCUAGUGGAAAACCACCCAGACCUGCACGAGAAUCAGGCAGUCUAGAUCGUCGACGGAACUUAAGCUCAAGUCGUCAUGAGCGAGACGGUAAAAGCCGCAGUACACAUUCACUCAAAGAAAAAUCAUCAUCGGUUGAGUUGCACAAACAUGAUUCUAUGUCCAGCAAUCUUAGCUUAAAUUCCAAAGAUCAUAUUUAUGAUUCAGGUAGCUUUAAUAACUACAACAGUAGCGGUAGUGGAAGUCAACAUCAACAUCAUUCUUGUCCACCGCAUUCGCACAACUCACGUCUGAGUCCUGGCAUUUGGGAGCCGCCCCCACCUCCUCCUUUAUCUCCAUGGGACCCACAUUACUACUGGGGCUAUUCGCACCAUCAUCCCCAUCAUCAGAGCAGAGAAGAAUUAAGGUUGAUCGACUAUCAUCGUCGACAGCAGGAUCUGUAUCAACAUGGAAGUAACAGUGCCUUAUGUAGUACGCAAGAUUUAUCUUGCUCUAGUGGUUGCUGCAGUCGGAGCUACUUUCAUUACCCGCCAGUACCACCACUGUGCUGCUCAAUGGAUCGACCACAAUGGAGCAACGAUGUUCAGCGCCAAGAUACAGAUGAACGGCUUCGACGUCUACAAAAGGAUAAAGAAUCCCUUGUUUUGCAGAUUAAAACACUUACAGAGCAAAUGCAAUCGCAAUCGACCAAGCUCAGUGAAUUAGAAAACAUGGUAAAAGAGAAGAAUCAACUACUGUCUAACGCGGAAGAUCUCCUCCAGCGAGUAAGCGUAUUUGCAAAAACAGUUGGCAUCCAGAUUGACAAACAAAAAGAAAUGCUUUCGCGAUCUUCUGUUGAAACUCAGAAAUUAGAGCUUAUGUCAGCGAUGAGUGAGCUGAAACUCCAGCAAGCUGCUCUAGAAAGAGAAAAUCUGGAACUGCGUACAAAUUUUGUAACAAAUACCGUAGGAUCAGCAGGAUUGGUAAAUGGAGGUCUUAUCAAUGGGAAUGGAGGUGGAACCACAAUAACAAAUGUGCUUAAUAACAAUAGCAUUACGUCUAGUUUACUCAGAAGACCUCAGAUUAUUACGAACACUAGAAUGGUAGGCAUGUCGUGCUCAGCGCAAGGUGCAUCGCUGAUCUCAUCUCCAGUACAUCAUGGCAGUCACGGUAGUUUACCGCAAACGGCAAUAAGUCCUAUAACUCCGAAGACCCCACCUGCAUCUUAUCGGCAGCGUAUCGAUGUUCAUUACAGUAGUCUUCCACGGCAAGCUUUUGCUACCACAUUAUCGACAGUUAGCACAUCCAGCGGUUCUUCGACGACCACCGAUAGUAAUGCCAACCCGAAGCGAGUCGUGGCUUUUGCUACAGUGUUACAACAACGUGCUGAAUCCAAUCUAAAAAAUAUGAAAUCUGCAUCAGCAUCUGCACAAGAGCUGGCAUUCGAUUCUGCAACCACUGACCAUGACGAUGUAGCCCGUACGAAAAGUGAAGUGCAUCGUUUAGAUAAAGGGCUCCGGCAGCAAGAACGCGCAAAUACUGAACCUCCAUCGCCACCGUUAUUAGAUGACGAUGCAAUAGCAUCAUGCAUUGUCGAUGAAAAUGCAUCGAAUGAAACUAUGACAAAUUGCGACAUGGCAUUGACCUCACCAUUAAAAUUGCCACGUUAUGAGUCAAAGCCGGAUGCGAGACCAAAACUCGACGGAAUUGAUAAACUACGAGGAUUUUCUGUACCAAACCUAGCUGAAACAGAAAAUCGAGAUAUCGGAAGCUCCAACCAAACCGAAGGUAUGAUUGCUACUAGAAGCUUCACUCCCCAACCGUCACCAUCACCGUCAAUGAGCAACAAAUUGAAAAAUAUUUUUGGCAAGAUUAAACGAAGCAACAGCGGAACGCUGGAUGACAUGACAUCUUCUGAUGGAGAAUUCAAACGCGGAGGAGUUCGUGCUACUGCUGGCGCUCGUUUAGGGUGGAGUGGAACGUCUCAGUAUCGUAAACCGGACAAACCAUUUAACGAAUGGGAUUUAGAUGCGGUCUGUUUAUGGUUUGACCAUCUUGGCUUAAGCAUGUAUGAAGAUGAAGUACGACGGUGGUUAAAAUUGAGCUCGUUGCCCGGAAGCGAAUUAAUGAAAGCAUCUCCAGUAGAUUUCGAAAAAGAGUUACCGUUGCGGAAUCCAUUGCAUCGGAAAAAGAUAGUGUUAGCUAUUGCCGACAUCUCGGGAACAGCAAACGAUGAUGAACUGUUGAAGUGCGCCGGGAAGCUGGAUACAUCAUGGGUCCAGCAAUGGUUAGAUGAUAUUGGUAUGCCCCAAUACAAGGAUACGUUCAUAGCAGCUCGAAUAGAUGGUCGAAUGCUGCAUAAAUUAACGAUGGACGAUUUGGUUCAUUUGCAAAUGUCGUCCUGCCUGCAUGUGGCAAGCAUUCGUCGCGGCAUACAGCUUAUGCGUAGUGAAAAAUGGAAUCCGGAUUGUCUCAUUCGUCGGCCAUUGCAAGUAGAUAUAAAUGCCAAAGGCGAUGUCAGAUUGUGGACUUCCCAAAGAGUUCACGAGUGGCUCCGUGCGGUCGAUUUAGCCGAAUACGCGCCAAAUUUACGUGGCUUUGGUGUACAUGGGGCGCUUAUGAUAUUUGAAGUAAAAUUUACGGCCGAGUUGUUUGCUGAUUUACUGAACAUACCCUCAAGCAAAACGUUGUUACGUCGUCAUUUGGCGACUCAUUUUAAGGAUCUUCUGGGACGCGACAUCAUACAAGUGAAACGUGAAGCUGAAAACACCCUUGGAUUCCAACCUUUGACCAUUUCCGCCAAAAUAAAGACCCCGAAAAAGUCUCAAUUCUCCUUGAAACGUAAAAAAAGCAACAAAGGUGGCCAAUUAGGCGGAGAGGAAUGGAGCGAUUAUGUGUGCCCAAUGGGUGGCUCAGGUCAGGAAAAUUUAGACCCAGCAAGUUCUAUGGCUUAUGCUUCAACUAGCACCAAUCCAGGCGGCAACAAUCCAAGUGCUGCUUCUGCCUUUACUUCAAAUGCUUCUUCUGCUAACACUAAUAAUGUCACUAGCAUUGGCACGACGAAGGAUCUCUCAAUGGUACCAACUGCUUGUCCCGACAGCACACCCAGCAUCACCACCAGCACAACUACUUCCGGAGUCGGGUCGGAGCAUGCUUCACUUCAUCGUCAGCCGUCGAGUAGCAGUUCGCAGUUGAUGAAUGCGACGUCGUUCGUAAAUAAUGGCAAUGCUAAUAGUGGAGGAGGAGGCAGCGAUUCACCAAUAUCAGUUCGCAGUUCCGCUACUUCAACAUCCUAG